AUGAGGAACGAAGAGAGAUCGAGGCCGUUGAGGGACGUCUCGAACAGCCACGGUGGCGGCGGCGUCUCCACCACGGCGGCUAAGAAGAAAGACGAGAAACCGGAGCGGCCGAAGGUCGAAUCUAAAGAAGAGGACCAAAACGACGUCGCUCUGGAUCGGCUCCUGCUCGUUCAGUCCGAUCUCUCAGCCCUAAUCAAUCAGAUUGAUCAACUAGUAGUGGAAGCGUUUCAAUGUAAUGCAGGAGGAAGCAAAGUAGUCGAAUCCUUCACACAUUUCUUAUCCGAAAUGCAUUCGUCUUUAAAGCCGUGGGUGCCGAGGCUUCAGAAGGCGCUCGCAGCUCCUGGGGAAGCGGUAAUUGUGAGUGGAGUUGGAAGUGGCGAGGUUAAGAGUCCUGAAGUUGAGAGGAAGGAGGUUGAGUGGUUGGAAGAGUCUGAUUCAGAGUCGUUGAUCUCGCCUUCUCCACUUGUUUCGUGGCGUGCUGACUGCACUAUUCAGAGAGGGAGGCAGCUGUUUACGCUCACGCCACUUCCUAUAUCGAAGUCCCUGUCAGCCAAACCCCCUCUGCAUUCCAAGCCUUUGGUGUUUGAGAGGGUUAAAUGUAAUACUACUGGUAGGGUGCCGUUCUUAAAUAUAACUAGUGGCGAUGCAAAUGCUGAUUUGCCUGAAUUUGUUGGGGUGGAGCCGAUACCUUUUAAGCCUUCUGAGUCGGAUGCUACUAAGACAGGAGGGGUUGUUGAGUCCGGCUUUGUUUCUACACCAGUGUCGAAAGCUGGGGGCUCCAUGGUUCUGAACUUGAUGACUCCAUGCUUAAAAUCUCCUCCUAAGUCUUGUGUGGUGCUUGAACCCAUCUAUGAUGGUACCUCUCCUAAGGGACAUCACCGGGUUUGUAAUCGUAAAUCUACCCCAUAUCCUGCUGGAAUUAGAUACGCUGGUGAUUCCUCUAGCAGUGAAACCUCUGACGAUGGAGAUGCCUCACCAGAUUGGUAUAUGUCACCUCCCAAAUCUUGUGUUGUACUGGAACCAGGUGAUGACAUGUAUUCGGAUGAAGUAUGCCAUCUUCAAGAUACACUACUGAUCGGGCCUAGCUCAAAAGUAAAUGAGGGUGUAGGAGGCAUUCAACAAAUGAAGACAGAGCCUGUAGGUGGUGACAGAUUUGCGAUAGAAAGCACACCUAUCUGGAAACAAGCUGGAAGCAUAGUAGUUCACAAAGGUAAACAUCCUGGUGAGAAUACUUUGAAGAGGGAGUUAUGGAUAAAGUUUGAAGCUGCUUCUACAAAUGAGCUUAGUAUUGAUGACUCUGCGACUCAAAGAAGACUUCUCGAUCAAUUGGAUGAAGUUUCAUGACAUUUCAAGUAAUUGUUGUACAAGAUGGUUCUCACUUCUCAGGUUCUGAUAUACCACAGAGACCACCAGCAAGUGAAUCCCAGUGUACUUGAACUAGUUUAGAAAUUCAAAUUUUUUGUAAGCGCUGUUGGUUCAGUCUCUUUGUCAAUGAAUCAACAUUUUCUUGAUUACUAUGUUCAUAUCACUGUGCUUCUCUCAUUAAAAUCGCAUACCUGUUAUUGACACUGUCGAUGAGCACUUCAGAAUCUCAUUUCCCUUGAAUAUUUUUCCAUCCUUCAUUAGUAGAUUGAAGUCCUUUGU